AUGUCUAAAAAUCCCGCUUUCUCAAGGGAAGAGAGCGGCCCCGUGCGAGACCUUCCACCUGCAAACACAGAACCUUCGAAUAUACCGCCUCAAUAUUCCCAAUACCCUCAAGCAAAUCUCAAUGGAUUGCAGGGUGAAGGGUUUCUCGUUCAGGGAAUACGGGAUCUCAAUCUCGAGGUGCCCUUUGGCACUUCAGGAAAGCCGUCAGCACAGGUCACUGCGGAUGAGUGCAUUGCGCAUUUAAAGCUCCUUACAGCCCUUGCAGACUUGCGUGACAUCAUUUCUAAAACAGAUGGUCUCUUUGAUCUGCAUGACGCUGUGUACAUCGAUCCUGAAGCACCAGAAGACCGUAAAACAAAAGUCGCCGCCCUUGUUAGGGAAAAGCGAUGGGGGGUAUAUGUCGCCCGCGCGGCUCGAAGAUUCGAGAAAUGGUUCUUCACGCUUCCCCAGGACGGGCCCGGACAGUGUCAAGGAAUGACGACGCUGCAAGAUGUCGAGAAAAACCCCGGAUAUGAAAACUUUCCGUCUUGGGGGAGUAGGAUUCUCUGGACCAGGGACCAUCUUCCGCCAUUGGACGUUCUUAUGGUCUGGCACGCGUUUAUGCUUAACCCGAGGGAUUAUCUUGAAGAUUGCCUCCGUCUUGGGAAGAUGAGUCUUUGGGCCACUGGCUUUCCGUGGAAGGCUGUAAACGCUUCCAUUGACAAUCAGUCAUUCGAAUACUAUCCGGGAGGCGCUUCGAAAGAGAAAUUCGAGGAGCUUCUAAGAGCAUUGGAUUUUCGCCUCAACCCCAAUGCCUCUGUGUCAGACGUCCGAACCCUGAUUGAAGAAGCCCUGAAGUCGAGCAGGACUAUAUCUCGAGCGAAUGAUUCCAUUUCGGGAAGAGUGACCAGGGAAGAAAAAAUCCCAGUCCGGAGAAUGAUGUCUCGGUACUGGGACAACUCCACCCCGUUUGCUCUCAAUCUCGUUGGUGCUGUCAUUCGCCAGGGGGUCUUCAUCGAGAAAAUGGAUAAUAUUGACUGGAUCCAUUCACCCGCUCUCGAUUCUACAAUGCAUCGUAUCAUUCGAAAAUACGAAAUUUUCUUCAAGAUCAUAUCUGAUAAUCCUCGAGCAGUAGCCGUUCCAACCCUCGACGUUGAUUUAGCAUGGCAUACUCAUCAACUUUCUUCCCAACGCUAUUUUAUCUACUCGAUUGUAGCAGCUGACGGAGUGUUUGUCAAUCACGACGAUAAAAUAGAGGAAGCCAAACUAUCUGACGGGUUUAAACGGACUGCCAAAGCAUACCAGAACAUCACUGGGGGCAAGGUAUAUAGCGAAUGUACAUGUUGGUACUGCGAAGCGGUUCGCGAGUCAAACGGCUCCAAUGGGUCCUUUUCAAUUGGCCGUGAAUAUGCCAUCGAACUCCACGACCAACAAGGCAUACCCUCCGACCCGGCCAACUCGCUACAUAUCUCAGCUCACAACUCCAUUCGGGCUGGGGAAGCCCAUAACCGCCGAACCGCCCAAAAGCAGUCCGUAACGGCUCUCAAGCUUCGAUAUAACUAUGAAAAAUCUCAGAGACGCUGGAAAAAGCGUAACAAGAAGCUGAAACAUAAGGACGACCGCCCGUCUUCUCAAACUAUCGACUACAGUAGUACGGCGAUGGUAUACGGAGUCCCAAUCUUCAUUCCAUUCUAUGUUCCCUAUGGCCCGGAUCCCUCGAUUAAUUGCGAGGUGUAUUCCUGUAACCCGCUGUGUGUUGCGAUCGAGGAGGGUGCGCCGGGAAAUUGUGUUGGUGGAGCGUGCGGGUUUAUGACGGCUGCGGGCGGCGCAUGUCAAGCUGAUGGCCAAGGGGGAGGUUGCGGAGGUUGCGGUGGAGGGUGCGGCGGAUGUGGCGGGGGAGGGGGCGGCGGCGGCGGCGGGUGUGGAGGUGGAGGCGGUGGGUGCGGGGGAGGCUAA